CGCCUCCGCCUCCGCCCGCCGCGCGGACAGAGGGAGCGGAGUCGCCUCCGCCUGCCCGCCCGCGUGCCGGGGCUGCGGUGGGCCAGGAUGUCGGGCUUCCUGGAGGAGCUGCUCGGCGAGAAGCUGGUGACGGGCGGCGGCGAAGAGGUGGACGUGCACUCGCUGGGCGCCCGCGGCAUCUCGCUGCUCGGGCUCUACUUCGGCUGCAGCCUGAGCGCCCCCUGCGCGCAGCUCAGCGCCAGCCUGGCCGCCUUCUAUAGCCGCCUGCGCGGGGACGCGGCGGCCGGGCCGGGGGCCGGGGCCGGGCCGGGGCCGGGGGCCGGGGCGGCCGCAGAGCCCGAGCCGCGGCGGCGCCUGGAGAUCGUCUUCGUGUCAUCGGACCAGGACCAGCGCCAGUGGCAAGACUUCGUGCGGGACAUGCCGUGGCUGGCGCUGCCCUACAAGGAGAAGCACAGGAAGCUUAAACUUUGGAACAAAUACCGAAUUUCCAACAUUCCAUCACUAAUAUUCCUAGACGCCACCACCGGGAAGGUCGUAUGCAGGAACGGCCUGCUGGUGAUCCGAGAUGACCCAGAAGGUCUGGAAUUCCCCUGGGGUCCUAAACCCUUCAGGGAAGUCAUUGCGGGGCCCUUGCUUAGAAAUAACGGGCAGUCCCUGGAGAGCAGCAGCCUGGAAGGGUCUCACGUGGGAGUCUAUUUCUCUGCACAUUGGUGUCCACCCUGCCGGAGCCUCACACGGGUCCUGGUGGAGUCCUACCGGAAGAUCAAGGAGGCGGGCCAGAACUUCGAGAUCAUCUUUGUUAGUGCAGACAGGUCAGAGGAGUCGUUCAAACAGUACUUCAGUGAGAUGCCCUGGCUCGCUGUCCCCUACACUGACGAGGCCCGGCGGUCACGCCUCAACCGGCUGUAUGGAAUCCAAGGCAUCCCCACGCUCAUCGUGCUGGACCCGCAGGGCGAGGUGAUCACGAGGCAGGGCCGGGUGGAGGUGCUCAACGACGAGGACUGCAGGGAGUUCCCGUGGCACCCCAAGCCCGUGUUGGAGCUCUCCGACUCCAAUGCUGUGCAGCUCAACGAGGGCCCCUGCCUCGUCCUUUUUGUAGAUUCUGAGGAUGACGGAGAGUCCGAGGCAGCCAAGCAGCUAAUUCAGCCAAUAGCUGAGAAAAUCAUUGCCAAGUACAAAGCCAAAGAGGAAGAGGCACCACUUCUAUUCUUUGUAGCUGGGGAGGAUGACAUGACUGAUUCCCUGAGGGAUUACACCAACCUGCCUGAAGCUGCCCCUUUGCUCACCAUCCUGGACAUGUCAGCCCGGGCCAAGUACGUGAUGGAUGUGGAGGAGAUCACCCCUGCCAUCGUGGAGGCCUUUGUGAAUGACUUCCUAGCAGAAAAGCUCAAACCAGAGCCCAUCUAGUGGGGCUCCAGCCUCUUGGGACCUUAUUUAAAACUCAGUCUUCUUCCUCCCUUUCCUUCCCUCCGCCCUCGAACUUUUCCAGCGUGUCCUGAAUCACUCAACCCAAGUGUCCAACCUCUCUGUGGUGCCUUGUUUCUACGUUAACUCCUCAGCCAGCACCCCAGGGUGCACACCCUCUCAGCAGCCGCAGAAUCCACCAUGUUUGGAGACUCUGCUUAGAUCCACAGGGAUGGCAUAACUCGGCCAGAACUGGACUGCAUCACUCUCCCAAAGUCACUGGCUCUUGGCAAAGGAUCUGCCAGGGUGUCCUUCGGCAGAGUAAACGUGAAGGGAUGACCGAUGGGGACUCUGACUCUGGUGUCUGCAUGUCCCCCCAGAGCCCGAGACAGCUGGGGGCCACUGCCCGGUGACACGCAGACAUGCAGGUGGAGCAGAGCAAGGGCUGCGUUCUCCCUCAGCUCAGAGCUGUUGCUAAGAAUAUCCUUUUCUAAGUCAUGCAGUCAUUCUUGGUAUGAGGGAAAAACAGCAGCUUGCCAGUGUGCUCUUGGGCAGGGGUUCUCCAAAUCAUAAAGGAAGCUUGUGGGUGUUUUUGGUGAGAAAAACAAGUAGCUAAGGUAAUGAUUCAUAUAUAGUAAUUGCUUACUUUUACUGGGCUCCUUCUUUGUGAUAUGAGCUCCCCCAUUUCAUCCUUGUAUCUCUUCCUUGAUGUUGACCUUCCCCAAGUUUCUGCCGCUCAUAUGAACAGCUCUCACUGUCCUGGAAUUCUGUUAAGGAAUUCUUCCCCGUGGACAUCUUUCAAGAAACUCAGCCCUGAGUUCUUAGAGGAGCACGGCCUAGCCAGCACAGACCUCUGACUCAGUCCUGUUCUGUGCCUGACGCCUCCUCUGGUUACCCAUGUCAUUCCCUUUUCUUUUCAGAGCAUAACAGAAAAAGAGACAAGAAACUACCAGAAUCCUUAUUUUUUUCCCUAAGAACCAGCAGGAGGAGCUGUGCCCUAGGGUGGGAGUGAGGGCAGAGGGCACCGCAACCACACAUAGAGCCCCUUUGCCAGGCCCAGGUGGCUCAGCCUCUUAUUUGGACUGAACUGACCACAACAAGGGAAACAACUACCAUGUUCUUAGGACUUGGGACAGAGGACUUUGGCCUAGGUGCUCCCAGGGUUUUAGUCUCACUCGGUUAGGUGCCAGGGUCCUGAAACAGUCCUGGGCCUUACUGCUCCACUCAGCACUACCAAAAUCAUUUAUUUGGAAAACCCAGCCUCCCAGUAAGCAGUUGACACUGUUUUUCCUCGCAGAAUUGGAUUGUUGAUUUGUAGUUCAGAGGUACAAAAUUAGUUGGUAGUUAGACUGUUAUUUGAUGUUGCCAGCCUGAAAUGCCAUCACCUAGUAAGAAAUAAAACAGGCAUCUCUGGACGUUAUCAACCA